CAUCCAUUCGUUUAAAUAACUCGCCGACCUACCAGAACCCACGUACUAUUCAAUCAUUACAAUAUCAUCGCAUCCACAAUGUCCUCCACCACCACAACAGCAGCCUCCACCUGUACCGGGUCAGCAAUGUACGAACUUCCCAUAAAGGACGCAGCAUGCGGGACACCAAACAACAAAGACAAAGACUACAAGUCCCUCUUCUCAGACUGCGCCGCCCCCGCCGCCGUCCGCACCUACCACGAUGACUGUGCUCUCUACGCCCCUGCACUGGAUCAAUCCAUCCAGAGUCUCACCGAUUGUCUCUAUGAUGCGGGUGUGAAGUGGGAGGAUGUCUGGUGCUCGGGGAACACCAGUGCCUCUGCGACUGGGACGGCAUAUCCCACUGCCACUGCUACGUCUAAGGAGGAGUCUAGCUCGACUUCUACUUCUAAGGGUUCAGAGGAGACGGACGGAAAGGAGACGGACGCUGAUACAAACGGGGCAACGUCUGGGCGUUUGGGACUUUCUGGGGCUGUGGUCUGGGGGCUGUUCGGGCUUCAGGCUGUUGGUGCUGGGAUGAUGAUGUUUUAGUGACUGUCGUUUCUGUGCUGAUUUGUAGUAUAUAACUCGC